UGCCUGGAAUGCGAAGCAAAAAACACCCACCAAAGUCUUGAUUCCCAAUUAAUUGGUGCAUUCGAAACCCUAGAAUAGGAUUGGAUACCUGAAUCGGAAAAGCCGAAGAAAAAGAUGGGGAAACAGCCGGUGAAGCUGAAGGCGGUGGUGUACGCGCUCUCGCCGUUUCAGCAGAAGAUUAUGCCUGGCCUCUGGAAGGACAUCACCACCAAGAUCCACCACAAGGUCUCCGAAAACUGGAUCAGCGCCACCCUCUUACUCGGCCCUGUCAUUGGCACCUACUCGUAUGCCCAACACUACAAGGAGGAGGAGAAGCUGGCACACAGAUAUUGAAGUGACUAAUCGUGGAACAGGAAUGUCUGUUUUUGUUUUCUUGCAAAUAAGCUCAAUGUUGUGAGGUUUGCUGCAGAUGCAGUUGGUUACGCAGUUGUGUUUGCCUGUUCAUAGCCAAUAUCAGUCAUGGUAUUUAUCGUCUGCUGCUUGGUGACGUGAAUCAUUUCUGUUCAAAAUAUUUAUUGUUAAUCCUGAUUGAGGAGUUGUUUCUCCCAUUUUCGUGUUCCAAGCUGACUUAUUAUCUCUCAA